GAAGUUUUUGCAACUCAGGCAAGCAUUGAUAUUCUAAAAUAAAUGUAUAAUAUAUUGCGUGAUACAAAAUCCAUUUAUAGUUAUUAGGAUGUAUAGUGGAAUACUCCAUGUGGGGCGAAAGAGUCCUUUACAGCCCUCUGGCAUCAAUUUUUUAACUGAUUCCUACACCACAACCCACGAACCUCUUCAGUCUCUUCUGCGGGAGUGGCAAGUUCUGAACCGCAAAAUUCACGAAAAAGUAUCCAUGCUGCAGUCCAAGAAGCCGCGAUCACCGUGUGCAAACGAACUUUUACGAGGUGGGAGGCCCAAUACGGCCUCCAACCCCAGCCCCGAAGGCGUUUGGAAGGAUCCGUACUUCAAUCCCGGAAUGGGAAAUGCUCCGCAGGGAAUUGAGGCCUCCUCCAACGCCUCCUCGGCCUUUUUCGAGCGUUCUUUGGACUCCGCCUCGUCCACCUACACGGCGCAUGAGCGCCAUACCCGAUAUUCGAAUAUCGGCACCGCCUAUCGCCAGGUCUCGGAGCCGUAUGGUCGAUACCACGAAAUUGAACGGCAGCGAAAAUUUAUCAACGAAUACAAGCGACUUGCACGGCCGUUUGUUCCGUCCAGCGCCUCGAUGGAUAUUUUGAAUAAACCAACGCGCCUGCUUCUCGGGGAUUGCGUGCGCGAUGUCUAUCAAAGCAUCGCAUCCGACUGGAAGGAGGCCCAUCCGAUCGUCAUGUCCACGGCUGAGGAUCUUAUUGUGGUUUAUGUUUCCUUGAAAGCUCUUACCCGACGGAAGUCGCUUCUUCUUUUGCGGUACAUGAACGACGCCUUAAAACGCUGCGCGGUGAUCUCGCGCUAUGGCCUUACCAAAGUCGUGGAGGGAUGGAAUGUAUUGACGGACGAUGGGUAUCUGAUGUACACUUUAAGGCCGGAGUGGGUAAAAGGACAACGAUUCCUACCACCCCCGGUGGUGACCCCUGAGCCGGAUAAGUUCAACUAAUGUGUAUUUAUCAUUGUUUCUUUUUGUGUGUGUGUUUUCGUGGUAAUUAUAAGAAACUGGGAGGUGACAAGAAAAUAAAGAAGUCAAAGCGUAGGACGUUUCAAAAACGAUUUAUGUGAGGAUUUUUAUCUACUCUUAGUAGUCCACUGUGAAGACACAAAAUAAUUCAAUCUAUAUUAUCAUCAA